AUGAAAGCUCAAAAACUGCCGCUUUACCGUUCUGUCACAGAAGACAAAUCACCUACCGAGAAUCAUUCUCAUUUCACACGCUUUGUAUCAAAGCUGCUAGGUCUUGUCCGUGUCCCAAAACGACCACGAUUAGAGCACAAGUCACAUUCGACAACUUCAAUCACCAAAAGCUCUGUCAUUUCCUUUCAACCCCGCCACUACAAUCAGCCAAGCAACAGUGACGCUUUAAAAGCCCAAAUCUGCUCAGAUCCUACCACCCUUGUUUCCGUAGUCAAUUGUGAUACUUCACUUAUUACUACCCGAACAACAGACGACUCCAGUAGUCUAUCCAGCCAAACUACGGAUAGCAUUCAAAGCACUGGAGACGACGACGACGACGAUAACGAAGAAGAAGAAGAAGAAGAAGAUUUAAAAAGCAUCACAAGCAUUAACACUAGCACUAGUACCAACAUCAGCAUCCCUCGAUCUACUUCCUGUCCUCAAACCCGCCGAAAACCCUUUUCAGCUGCUAUUGGAGCAUUGGUAUCUGCAAGUAAACUACCCACAAAACCACCACCACAACGACUUGUCCACUUUGAUAGCUUUGACAUGCCUCCACCAACUCUUGUUGACAGACGGCCAGAUACUGAGCCAGUAAUGACAAGUGAGAUUGCCGAACAGCUUAGACCUUAUCUUCCUCGACGUUAUCGCCUUGCACCUCAAUGGUCUCUUCUUUAUAGCUUGGAUCAACAUGGUAUCAGUCUCACUACACUCUAUCGUCUGGUCAAAUCAAACAAAGGUCCUUGUAUUAUUACUAUCAAGGAUGCUGAUGAUCAGAUAUUUGGUGCUUUCUUGAACGAGACAUUAACUUGUGGCACUUCUUAUUACGGCACGGGAGAAUGUUUUCUCUGGAAGACUACCAGGCAAGAUUCUACGCAAACUGCACACAUAUCUCCAAAAAUUAAAGUGUUUCCCUGGACCGGAAAGAAUGAGUACAUGAUCUUGUCCGAGAAUGACUUUAUUGCUAUUGGAGGAGGUGACGGUAAAUUUGGAUUAUGGCUUAACGCUGAUCUCGAAAAGGGUCACAGUGAGCAAUGUCCAACAUUUGACAACGAGUGCUUGUCUCCUUCACCAGAGUUUGAGUGUAUUGAAUUAGAAAUUUGGGGAUUCCGUAUUUAA